CAUUCAUAAUUUUUUUUUUCCUAAAAUGCCAGGAGUAGAAAAGAAAUAUGAGAUGAGUCUACAAGAAAACCACAGAUAAAUUGUUCCGCAGUCAAUUGCUUUCACUGAAGCAAACCUCCUCAUUCCUCACAAUAUACUCAAGUACGGCCAUUGAUGAUAUUCAUUUCAAGGUCAUGUCUCGAACCCUAAAUAUUCUCCCCAAUAACGGUCAAGGCUAUGGAGCAUCUGAAAGCACCUUUCUUCCGUGUUUGGGAGUUUCUGGAAGGGCAGUCAGUGUACCAACUUGUCCUCGAAGCGAAUGUAAAAGUACUCAGGUGAAAAUUACAUUGCCAAAGCGUUCGUUGAAGCACAUGUCUUUUAUCUGCAAGGCAAGUAGCAGUGGUCAUAGAAGAAAUCCUGACUUCUCUAGGCAGAACAGGUCUGGUUACUUUCGAAAUAGGAAUCGAUCAAAUGAAGAGCGGGACAAUUCUGAGAAUCCUGACGAUUCCGAGUUCUUAUCAACCAAAAACGGGCCAUUACUUUCUCUUUCCAAUAGCACAAAGUCCCAUGCGACUGCUGCUCCUGGACAUAGGGAAAGGGAAAUUGUCGAACUUUUUAGGAAGGUUCAGGCUCAACUUCGCCAAAGAACAGCGGUCAAGGAAGAGAAGAAGUUUGAAUUCGUCAAAGGAAAGAAUAAAGAGAGUGAAACAGUUGAUUCUCUACUUAAGCUUUUGAGAAAGCAUUCAGUUGAGCAGGUUAAAGGGAAAGUUAAUGGUGGCAGUGCCAACGAAUUCAGUUUAGAUUAUCCGAGACAGAGUGGGCAAUCCAAUGAAGAUAGGAGCAAAAGCUUCAAUUCCGAUAAUAUUAGGGAAGAUCCGCAGGAAACCAAUAAGCCUUCAUUUAGCCGUCCACCAUCCGCUUUCAGGCGCAGGUCUCCUGUUCCAAGGGUUAGAUUUGAGCCAAUUGUGUCUACUUCGCAUCUAAAUAUCAAGACUGAUGAGACCCUUUCUGAAACCGACCAUGAUCCUGAAUCAGAAUCUGAUCUGGAGCCGGAUAUGGAUCUGGUGUCAGGACUAGAGUUUGAACAAGAAGAAGAGAAAGACGAAGAGGCUGAGCCAGAGUUGGUUAUGGAAGCUGAUUACAUAGACGAACCCACAAUUGGUAAGCUGUCCGAGACCAAGUUUUUGGAUGCUGAAGAAGACGAUUCUGAUGAGAAAGAAGCAAAGGUACAUGCUGAACUCAAGGACUUGAAUACUAUGAAGCUAUCGGAGUUGAGAGCGCUUGCAAAAGCUAGAGGCAUGAAAGGGUUCUCGAAAUUGAAGAAAUCGGAGCUUGUUGGGCUGCUCAGUGAUGAUCCCAUAUAAUCCCUGUUCAAAUUACUACCUGUACUAGAGAGCAACCGAGAUAUCUCCUUUUCGGCAUUGAACUUUGAGGUUUAUGUAGAUGAAUCGAGCUGUUUUUGUUCUUUAGGCUAGGUGCUUUUACGCUGUGUUCCGAUCUUCCUGUCAAAAUGCUUCAAUCUGUAGAUCAGUAUGUUUUUAUGUUGAAUUUCAAGUUGCCCAUCCUUUGCUCCCUUGUACACUCUAUUCGGAGAGAUUGUUAGAACAACUGAAGGAUUAAAUGUU